GUGUAGGGGAGGGUUGGUGCAGCAGACUGAACAUCACCUGCCAAACAUGUUCAUGUCUGUUUCCCUUGACAUAGAGACAGGAGGAUAAGGAGUUCAAGUUCAUCCUUGGCUACAUAGUAAGUUUGAAGCUAGCCUGGGCUACAUGAGACCCUCUCUCAAAACAGCAAAACUCAGGAACAGGAGAGAGAGUUCCAAUGGUCAAUGGUCAAGUGCUUGCAGUGUGACCAAGAAAGACACUUGAUGCCAGCCCCUGACUUCCACAAACAUGCACAUAUACAUAAGGAAAACACAGGCCCUUCUAAUUCCAACCUCCAGAGGUAUGGAGGCAUCAUGUUCAGUGACAUGAGCCAGAUACUCCUGUCUAGAAUCUCCUAGAGAGGGGCUGGGGGCGUGGUUGGGGUGGAGCCACCCAGUGAGGGCCUGGGGGCGUGGUCGGGUACAGCUCCCCUUCUCCCACCUAGAAUCUCCCAGUGACAGGGUGGGGGUGGGGUGGGUGGCUCAUUUGUGCUGUGCAUACCACUUCCUAAUUGUUGUCGCCUGUAAGCUGCUUCUGCUUUUCCGUUUUCACAAUUUAGUUUCAUCAAUUUUAAAACAUGCCUGUAAUAUAACCGUCUGGGAGACUGAGCCAGGAUAGCCCAAAGUUCCAGGAUAGCGUCAUAUACAUACCAAGAGGCUUGCUGUCCUUCGACCUACACACACAGACACACACACAUGAAAAAAAUGAAUAAAUAAAACGUUAAAAAAUAUUCUCAACCAAAUGGAUUUCCUUUGUAGAUUCCAGCACUCUUGUUUAUUUAUUUUGUAUUUAUUAUUUAUUUAUUGGUUUUUUUCGAGACGGUUUCUCUGUAGCUCUGGCUGUCUUGGAACUCACUCUGUAGACCAGGCUGGCCGAGAACUCACAGAUCCACCUGCUGCCUCCCACGUGCUAGAUUAAAGGCAUGUGCCACCACCGCCUGGCCUUUUUUCUCUUUUUUUUCUGAGAUGAAGGUCAUACUGUGUGGGUCAGGCUUGCUUGGAACUCAGGGCAAUCCUCCUGCCUCGGCUUCCAGUGUGCUGGACUGAUAGGUGUAAGUCACCAGGGUUUCUGUGAACUUAGCCACAUGGUGCGUGGUGAAUCCCCACAAUGUGUCACUGCGGCCACCAUCCCCUAGGUCUCUGGGGGUGCAGGUUUCUCUUUCCCCUGCCUUGGCGCCACACAAUGGGAGCCCUGCCUUGUUCCACGUGGCACCGUGGCACUGGGCGGAGGGCAGGGCCAGGUCCGGGGCGCCUUGGGGAGUUUCCCCUCUGGGGCGGACACAGCUGACUUCAUCUGCUCCUCCCCCACACGGAAGGGGUGGAACCGUUCCCUCCUCUUCUCCCUCCUCCUCCUCCAGCGGCCACCAGGAACCCUGAGAUCCACGAGCCCAGGACCCCACUGCCAGACUUCUCCAUUUUCAUGUCCUGUGCGGCUCCUCAUCUCUGAGUCCUUGGGACCACACUGUUCAGGUCUGCCAACGUAAGCCUUAAUCCUUGGAGUUCUUGACCCUUCUUCAGGCUUCGUCUUGUCUGCAGCCAUGAUGGGCGGGCAACUGAGCAAGGUCUGCUGUACUACCCUCCAGGAUCUCCUGCAGCAGGGGACACGCUGUGCAGGAGGCUAUUGGUCUGGAACAUGUCUCCACCUGCCCCAGCCUCUGUGGCUCCAGGCUUCACCUUCCCCCAUCCAUGGCCAACCCAGGUCCAUCACUCCAUGGCGCCUUUGAUAUUCUAGAAGCCAUGGGAAGGGACAGGCUGACCCACCUGAAACACAAGCUGGGGAGUCUGCAUCCAGGCAGCCAGGAGUCCAAGCUUCUUCACGCCAUGGUGCUCUUGGCUCUGGGCCAGGACACUGAGGCCAGGACCUCUUUGGACUCCUUGAAGGUGGACACGGUGGCCCGGCUGGUAGCCCACCAGUGGGCAGGUGUAGACAGCACAGAAGGCCCUGAGGAGCCCCCAGAUUUGUCUUGGACUGUGGCUCGCCUGUACCACCUGCUGGCCGAGGAGAACCUGUGUCCGGCUUCCACAAGAGACAUGGCUUACCAGGUGGCCCUCCGUGACCUCGCCUCCCGGGAUGACCACCUGCUGGGCCAACUGCAGAAGGAGGCCUGCGAUCGGUGUAGUUCAGACAUCAUGGGGGACUCCCGUGGCUUCCAGCCACUCCAUUCUGAUCAGGGUGGCCUGCCGCCAUCCUCAGCAUCCCCUUCAUUGACCAGAAGCCAGCCUCGACCCAUUGAUACAUCAGACUGGAGCCGGGGGCAUUCUCUACACUCCACUGGCAGCAUUGCCUCACUGGCCAGCCACUUGGAGAUCAGCCAGUCACCCACUCUGCCUUUCCUCUGUCCACAACGUGGAACCCAUGGGCCCAGCAAGCUCUGUGACACACCCCCGGCCUCCCCUGAGCCUCAGCUUGUCCCUGUAGGCUGCCAAGAACCCGAGGAAGUGAGCUGGCCCCCGUCAGUGGAGACCAAUGUCCCCUUGGGGUCACCACACAGAACUGGGGGCCCAGAGGUGUCCCCUGAGGUGGCUUCGGCCAUCCUCCCUGACUCUCCGGCUGCUCCAGACACGAGUGUCCACUGCCCUGUUGAAUGCACGGAGGUGUCUGCAGGCUCUCGGUCUCUCCUGCCACCCACCACGGAAGGCACUGGAAAGCGGCUGUCUAUCACAAGUCAGAUGUCACCUCCUGGUUCUGUAGGAGAUGACAGUCUGCAGAACACCACAUCCAACCCCCCUGUCCAGCCACCAUCCUCCCAGGCCCCCUCUACACUGCCUCCUUCCCCUCCGCCCUCCAAUUCCUCUUCCAGCAGCUGCUCUGCGCCCCCAGCCUCCAUGUCCCCCAUUCUGGGCCACUUGGAAACAUCUGAGCAGAAAUUCUAUAACUUCGUGGUCAUCCAUGCCAGGGCUGAUGAACACGUGGCCCUACGUAUCCGAGAGAAGCUGGAGACCCUUGGGGUGCCUGAUGGGGCCACCUUCUGUGAGGAAUUUCAGGUGCCUGGGCGUGGUGAGCUGCAUUGUCUCCAAGAUGCCAUCGACCACUCGGGGUAUACUAUUCUGCUCCUGACCACCAACUUCGACUGUCGUCUGAGCCUGCACCAAGUCAACCAUGCCCUUAUGAACAGCCUCACGCAGUCGGGAAGGCAGGACUGUGUGAUCCCCCUCCUCCCACUGGAGUGCUCCCAGGCCCAGCUCAGCCCCAACACAACCAGCUUGCUCCACAGCCUUGUGUGGCUGGAUGAACACUCCCCAAUCUUUGCCAGGAAGGUGGCGAACACCUUCAAACCACAGAAGCUCCAGGCACACCGGAUACGCUGGAAGAAAAAGCAGGAGGCCAGAGCCCUCAAGGAGCAGAGCAUACAGCUAGAGGCUGAGCGGCAAAGGGUGGCUGCCAUGUCGGCUGCCUAUUCAGCCUACGUCCAAAGUUGCAGCGCCUGGCAAGCGCAGAUGGACAGCCUGCAGGGGGCCUUCGGGAAGGACUCGUCAGUGGGGACCCCUACAUUCUUCCCCCGUUGGCUGGGAUGUCCACAGCCAACACCUUCACAUCCACAGCAGAGUGGUACCCCAGUUUCCCCCUAUUUCCCGCAACCUCCAUCUUUCCCGCAGCCUCCGUCUUUCCCGCAGCCGUCUUUCCCGCAGCCUCCGUCUUUCCCGCAGCCUCCGUCUUUCCCGCAGACUCCGUCUUUCCCGCAGCCUCCGUCUUUCCCGCAGUCCCCAUCUUUCCCGCAGUCCCCACCCUUCCCAUCUGCCUCCUCCGCAGCCCCCCAGACUCCAGGAUCUCUCAUUAUUCACCAUGCCCAGAUGGUUCAGCUGGGCGUCAACAACCACAUGUGGGGCCAGACAGGGGCCCAGUCGACGGAUGACAAGACUGGGUGUCUGGAGGAACCCUGCAUGGGCCCUCCGAGUGACCAGGAAGGACCCCGACUUGGGCCUCCAGAAUGACCAUGUCGGAGCCCACCUGGAUUCCUAAAGUGACCAGGCUGAACCCAACCUAGACUGCCAGAGUGGCCACGUUGGACUUCACCUGGGUCCCUAAAGUGACAGUGGGGGAGGGGAACCUCGCCUGGACCCUCACAGUGGCCAUGAACUGGACCCAGUUUGGUACUCUAGAGGCCGGGAAGACCUCGCCUGUAAACUCAGGGCCUCGGAAACAUCCAGAACCCUAUUGAACAUUGGACAGGAUUCUGUGGAACCCCAACCUGCAUCCUCUAGGUGGACAGAAGACGAUGGGGCCAUAGGUUUUUCCGAGGUGCUCCCAGCGGCCACGUGUCCAUUCACUGUGGCACGUGGCGUCUCUGGGGAGGAUGUGGUGCUGGGGCAAUAGAGAGGGUCCUGUCAUUAUGAUAGUUAUUGACGGCUGAGUCACGAGCCUACGUCCCCCAACCACCACCGCCCUCAGGCAACAAGCAGGAGACUCAGCUCCGCCAGGACCGGAAUCGGAAAAGACGAGCACCAGCCGCUCAGCUCCCUGAGCAGCAGAAACCGGACGUUGCGGGUGCAUUCUCAUUCCAUUGGUCAGCGCGGGGCCACGUGGCCUUCUGCUGCAAGGGACUUAGGGAAAUGUAGUUUUUUUGGGCAGCCAUAUCUCUUGUAAUGUCAGAAAAGAAGAAAAAAAGACUCUGGGAGUUUCUGGCGGUU